AUGGCAACUGGCUUGCAAUUUCCACGGAUAUAUCUCCUCUCCACACAUCUUCUCCAAGAGGAGAUUGCCUAUUUCCGGGAAGCAAUUCCGUCUCUCACUGACAACAUCGACCAAGCCGAAAUUGUUCUGGGGAGGAUAUCCAAAAAGGCGCGCGCCGAAUUCGAGCUGAGGCGGCUCCAGUUGCAUCUCACUCUGAUUCCGGAGCAAGUCCAAGCAGGUAAACCGGACGACGCCAACUGCGCAGCGGGGACGCGGCCAGCCGUUCGAGAAACAUCUAGAUCUAGAUUGAAACAAGGACAAGGACAAGGACUAGGCGAGGCGGCGAGCGGCCCGCGAGGGAGCCGUAUCCGGGUUCUCAGUGCUGAAUCGACAGGGCGAGGAGAGUCGUCUGAGCAGGUCGUUGGCCAUGGCCGUGCAGACAAUGAUGAUGCCGAAACCAAGGACGACAGAGGCGACAGAGGUUCUUCCCGGACUGGCUGGCCCUCGCAAAGUCGCGAGCCUUUGCGUGCCAGACAUGCGCCAGCCCGGUUGGUUCGACAGUCGACAUCGGAGCACGAAGCUGCUGCCACCUUGCCUCCCAUUCCGGACUUUCUUCACACCACGUAUUCUUGCCAGAGACCAACACCGAUAAACCCGCCUAAUGAGGAAUUCAUUAAGGAGCUCAAGAACAUUCGCACCCUCCGACUUCUUCAGGGAGACGGCAUCGGCGUUCGAGCCUAUUCAACGUCAAUUGCCGCUCUUGCUGCCUAUCCUUACCCAUCCACAAGCCCCCUCGAAAUCGAGCGAUUACCAGGCUGUGGUAGUAAAAUCGCUCAAGUGUAUCAACAGUGGCUGAACAACGGCCAAUCCGACGAGUCGUCCAUGGCAGCAUCAGACUCGAAAAUGUCCACGCUGCGCUUGUUCUACGACAUCUGGGGCGUUGGAGAUGCUACUGCCAGAGAAUUCUACAGGAGAGGCUGGCGUGACUUGGAUGAUGUCAUUGAAUACGGAUGGCAUUCUCUCAGUCGAGUCCAGCAAAUUGGGGUGAAAUUCUACGACGAACUCACACAGGAGAUAUCCCGACAAGAAGUCGAGGAAAUUGCAGGCUUGAUCCUCGGGUGCGCCCGGGAUAUUGAUCCGGGAUUUGAAAUGACCAUCGUGGGGGGCCACAGACGAGGCAAGGCGCAGAGCGGCGACGUCGACGUCGUGAUAAGCCACCGAGAAGAGUCAAGAACAGCCUACGUCAUAGGCGAACUGGUGCUCAGUCUCGAAAAGGCCCAACUCGUUUCGCAUACUCUAAGUUUGUCGACCAGGAACAGCGAACGAGGCCAGCUACCGCUUGCAUGGCGAGGCUCGGGGUCAACAUCCGGUGGCGCUGGCUUCGACACCCUGGACAAAGCCAUGGUUGUGUGGCACGACAAGAGGCAGCCCCAGCAAAACAAGCCCCAGCAAAACAAGCCCCAUCGAAGGGUCGACAUUAUCAUAAGUCCGUGGAAGACGGUCGGGUGUGCUUUGCUUGGGUGGAGUGGCGGCACAACCUUCCAGCGUGACUUGCGACGGUACUGCAAACGCGAAAAGGGGCUCAAGUUUGACAGCAGCGGCAUUAGGAGGCGCUCGGAUGGGCUGUGGAUGGAUUUUGAGGGACUUCGUCUAGGCACUAGUGAGAACGCGAGCUCGGGGGCUCUUUUGCCACGACGACAUCGAGAUGUGCCGCCAGAUAUGGCAACAGCGGAGAGGCGCGUCUUUAAAGGGCUGGCUCUGCAAUGGCGUUAUCCCACGGAACGUUGCACAGGCUAA